UGCAUCAUAAAUCGAAUUUGUAGAUAAAUGAAAAGCAAACAGACGCGGAAGACCAUUUUUAUGCUGAAGGAAAUUUAGUUCAUUCUUCAAAACAUAAUUGAUGACCCGAAAAUAGCUAAGUUUGUUAAUAUUCAGAAAAUUUAACAUAAAAAGUGCUGAUUGAAUUGGUGAUUGCAAAGAAUAAAAUCGUAUGAAACACGCAGAAGGGAAAACGUAAUUUCUAUAUAUAAUUUCUAUAACAAAAAAAAGUUGUUUUGCUAAUUUAAAAUACGUCAAAAGCGACGAGCGCAGCAAUCUAUAAUGGUGGAUAUUGCUGUACCCAAAAAACGUGGACGCCCUUCAAAGGGGGGAACUACUGGAGCUGCCCCCGCAGCAAGCAGCCCCAUCGAGACUAUACCCAAAAUGCGCGGGCGUCCAAGCAAGGCCAAAGGACGCGGCAGGCCGCCAAGGGUAGCCAAUGAGCUGGACGAGGUCAACGGCGAGCAACCAAUCAAAGUAACCAGCACUGGCAAGGGACGCGGACGUCCACGUAAAGAACCGAUCACCGUGCGUAAGAUCUGCGGGAGCGAUGAUGAUAAUGAUGCCGAUUUACCUGAGAACAAACUACAAAAGAAGAAGCAAACAAAAUCAUCGCCUGUCGGUGACAGUGACGAACAUGAGGAUGACAACGCGGAGAAGAAGCAGGAGAAUGAGGAGCGACGCCCAGUGGGACGUCCGUCAACUGGCGCUUUUAAAUGGAACAUCGGGCGUAUUGGACGUAAAGUCGGGCGUCCAAAAAAAAAUCAGCCAGCUUCAGAAAAAAAGGUUAAUCCUUAUUAUGUGCCAACAGGUCGACCGCGUGGACGCCCAAAAAUAAAUAAAACGAGUAUCGAAGUUGCACCCAAGGAAGCUUAAAUAGUUAAAUAUUCAUACCCUAUCGAGGAAAAAUUUAGAUAAGCGAAUUCAUCAAUAAUGUAUUAGUAUACAUAUAAGUACACAUAAAUAUAGCAUUAAUGUACAUAAAUAAUA